CGUCCGAGCCGGGUCCGGUGAGCGAGAGUCUUCCUGAAGCGCCCGCAGACUUGCUACGGGCUUGCUGGGAUCAUCAGAAAUACGCUUUCGGGAAAUGGCCUCUAAAUCUUGGCUGAAUUUCUUAACAUUCUUCUGUGGAUCAUUGUUCGGAUAUUUUAUAUGUUCUCAGCUAUUUAGUAUUUUCUUGGGAGAACAAGGUGACACCCAGCCUAGUAUUCUUCACAAUGAUCCCCAUGCUAGGCAUUCAGAUGACAGCGGACACGGGCAUCUAGAAGGGCAGAUGGACUUCAAUGCAGAUGUCAGCCAACAUACAGAUGAGAACACAGACGUCUCCAAAAAGCUCUAUCAGAAAGUUAAAAUCCUUUGCUGGGUAAUGACAGGGCCUCAAAAUCUAGAGAAAAAGGCCAAGCAUGUCAAAGCUACUUGGGCCCAGCGUUGUAACAAAGUAUUGUUUAUGAGUUCAGAAGAAAAUAUAGACUUCCCUGCUGUGGGAUUAAAAACGAAAGAAGGUAGAGAUCAACUAUAUUGGAAAACCAUUAAAGCUUUUCAGUAUGUUCAUGAUCAUUAUUUAGACGAUGCUGAUUGGUUUAUGAAAGCAGAUGACGACACUUACGUGGUCCUAGACAAUUUGAGAUGGCUUCUCUCAAAACACGACCCUGAAAAACCCAUUUACUUUGGGAGAAGAUUUAAGCCGUAUGUAAAGCAGGGCUACAUGAGUGGGGGAGCAGGAUACGUACUAAGCAAAGAAGCCUUAAAGAGAUUUGUUGAUGCAUUUAAAACGGACAAAUGCACGCAUAGUUCUUCCAUUGAAGACUUGGCCCUGGGGAGAUGCAUGGAGAUCUUAAAUGUAGAAGCAGGAGAUUCCAGAGACACUACUGGAAAAGAGACUUUUCAUCCCUUUGUACCAGAGCACCACUUAAUCAGAGGUUAUCUACCCAAAACCUUUUGGUACUGGAAUUAUAACUAUUAUCCUCCUGUAGAGGGUCCUGGUUGCUGUUCUGAUCUUGCAGUUUCUUUUCAUUAUGUUGACCCAACAACCAUGUAUGAGCUAGAAUACCUCAUUUAUCAUCUCCGUCCAUAUGGCUAUUUAUACAGAUAUCAACCUGCCUUACCCGCGAAUAUAGGAAAGGAAAUAAGUGAAGCAUACAAAAAUGAAGAUCAAAAAGUAAAACUGGGAAAUCCUUGAACCCAUGAACAGAGUUAAAUGUCCUAACACUGCACUGGAGAAGGACUUCUGCAUUUCCGACGGAGAACACUGGCACCCCAGUGAGCAUUGCUGAUUAGAAACCUGUCACACGGACGACUGUAAACUGAAGCUUGAAAUGAGCUGUGAAGUGUAUUAAAACGUGUUUUUGAUACAGUAAUAUAUACAUAUAUAUAUAUAUAUGAAGAACUUGUGUUUUCUAAAUGGUGGCCAGCUUAGAGAAACUAGAAAAGAUAUUUUGUUGUCUGUUUCUAUAACCACAUCACAUUAUUGCCACUGAGAAGCAAAAGCAGGUCCAUUCGCUAAAACUACCCUCCACCAACUUAGUACCACACAAAGCGAAACAGAUCUCUGCCUUAAAGAACAUUUGGAAAGGAAAUACUGUUUUCAGUGUUUUUUGUAAACUCAAGAUAAGAGUUUGUAUUUGCAGUAUGGCCUCAGUGAACCAAGUCCCACCACCCCAUCCCCCAAAAGAAGAAGCAAGGAAACACACAGUUUCAGUCUAAUGAAAAGUUUACUAUUUAGAAUUGGCAGUAAUCCUCUCAAAAAAAAACCCCCAAAACUAAGGAUAACACUUGGCCUAAAGUGUGUUAAUAAAAUGAUACCUUAAAAUGUU